GGCGGUCCUCUGUCUUCGCAUCCCAUGGCGGUCGUUCUCCUCGCGCUCCUCGGGGCGAGCCUACUCCUGCUGUCGAGUCCCCCACAGCCUGCCCUAGCAGUCCAUGUGUCGCGGAGGACUCUGCUCGUUGAGGAUGAGCUGCGAAAGCCGCUGAUCACGGGCGAACACCAGGGAGGUCCGCUGGUGAAUAUGUGCAGUGGUAGGUGGCAGCACUUGGGCAGCACAUGAAAAAAGUAGGGAGGAGGGAUGACUGUUCUGAUUGUUGCAACAGUCACAUGGAACGCGGGGUCAUCCGGCUGAGCGAAGCUGAAGGGCUGGCUGUCUGCCCUGCCUGCCGUCAAACAAGCAACAGGUAGGGGAGCUUGGGGGGGUGGGGGGGUGGGGGGGGAGUAUUUGGAAGGUCGUCGAGUGGACACUUCAAUCACACGAUUACGUGUCUCCCUCCUACUCGUUCGAUGCAUGCUGUUUUGCCUUUUUGCAGGAGGUGUGGCAGACGAGGACUUCAAGAAUGCCAUCUCCUUGCUCAUGGCUACCUGCAUGGCUAAGCAUCGGAAGCCGACCCCUGACAUCGUCCAAAUGACCAUCGAGGAAUCCGGGGACGACAAACUGGUGAAAUACUUCGACGAGCUUCGACAGGCGCGUGGCAGGACAGAUUGAUCCCGGCGGUUAGAAGGAAAAGAGGUGAUUUCGUUUGUGCUCGAGUAAUUGUGGUUGUAUAUGGCCGCACAGUUCCGCUCCGAGAUGAGGUGCUUCCGAUAUUCAAAAUGGAUGCAAUGGGUACGGCGCAGCAUCAUGGGAAAGGCUGUGGGAUGAGGUUCAUGACCGAAGACACAUCGUCGCCGCCAAGAGGAGUUUUGAUGUAGGCGGGCAGACGCACAACGCACAUCUACGCCACGUCUCUCUCCAUGUCUCCUUGUGUCAUAAAUCAGGGCAAUUUUUGUCGACAAAGAGAGACUCAGCAAAAGAAAUCUCGAAGUGGAAAGGGUCGAUACGUGGAAGGAGCCGUUUCAUACGUUGGUGAGAACUCAUGUGACAUCCAUAAUCUCUCAUUUUCUACAUGGCCAAAUGCAGUUUAUCAACAAGAUGGAAGCAGAGUAUACUGAGUCCACGGCCAGCAAGUCAGCAGUGUAUGCUCGGCUGGCCAUACGAUUCCAACAUGGCAACUCGACCUCAAAAUCCGGUCGGAAGGACAGCAUUACCAGCUUUUUUAAGAAGACCUCACCACUCUUCGCGUGCAGACUUCAAUCUUUGCUUUGCCGGCACUCACCUUAAGACACAAGACGAUGUGCGCCAUUCUCAGGCCAAGCGAAUAACGUCUUUUCUGACGAACUCACGCUUUGAUGCUCGAAAUCUUCGUGCAGACUGCGACGCGGCAGUGUUGUGAGUAAAGAACGAGAUACCUAUGUCGAUUGAUUGCGUGUAUAUUCUGGAUGGCUCGUGUUUGUCUGUGCCAUGCAGCAAUGGCGCUUUCAAUCCACGCAAGGGGCGAGAGAUGAGAGAUUGCGACCCCAAGACCAAGGCCUGCAUGGGGAAAAUCUACGAUGACAGCAACUGUAGAUUGGAGACUCACUGUGAAUGCCAUGCCACUAUCGUAUUUGUGAGUUCAUGUUGGUGUGCAGGUGCAGAAAUGCUUACACCAAACGGUAAAGGGUUCAUCGACUAUGACCACCUGCUAGAAGUCGCCAAGGCAAGAGACGAAAUCACGACGCUUUGGCGAGGGUGGCACAUGAAAGGUGCAAUAGCCCCUGAAAGUCUCAUUCUCGAUGGGGACUGGAAAGAGGUGUGAUGAAUGAUAAGGAAGAGACGAGACAUGAAGAAGUAGCACUGGCUCUCUGCAGAUACCCAUUAACUUCCUUCCAACAUUCACACGUCCAGUCCGACGAGAGAAGCCCACAAAGAUUGACGAGUGUUACUACAAGCCGAAGCGCCAAGCCACGAACAAGACGAAGCUGGAAACUCCACGUGAGGACCUAGCUGAUCACAUGCUUUGCGAGGCGGAAGAGGAGAAUGUGGACAAUUUUGGGUACAACAUGGAGGCAGGUACGUAGACAUACAGACGGCAUGCGAGAUUGGUUAUCUUUUGCGCGUCUUCUCGUCUUAGCGUGUGCGGCGGGAGAGUGUUACCUGGGUAAGGUGACUUGUGCGUGGGAUGGACGUGUACAUCUGUCUGUGCUCUGUAUUGAUGUAUGUGCCUGUGCGUCAGUCGGAAGUCGCAAGAAAAGCAAGAGGAUGAAAUGUAGGCAACGUAUAUAUUAAGAAAGCAGUCAACCGACCAUUCAUGUCUCCUGCUUGAGUAGGUCCUCAGUACUGCGACCGCGUUCUUGUGUGGCCUGGGAGCGUCUGUCGUGCCGGCUUGUACAGGUAAUCACGGCUACAAACUGCUGAAUAGAUAGGAUGAUGUAUAUCAAUCCUUGCUGUGAGCUGUAUCUACAGCUCAGUACCCCACAUCACGGCUUCUGACCACACCCCCGUCUACGCCAUCUUGCAGCUGGAGAUCCCACAACGCGAUAAGAUACGGUCGAGGAGAAUUGAGCGCCUAAUGAAAAACCUCACAAACAGACUCAAAUCAGUCAGACUCGACAGACUCAAAUCAGCCAUCUCUUCUGUGAAACCAAACAGCGACUCAUCUCGGCCCUGACUCAGAGACGCGACAGUGAAGAGGAAUGAGUGGAUGGAUUGCAUGAAGAUAUGGAUGGAUGCUGUUAUUGUAGCCACGUCCGCAGGCGGCUCGAAUGCGUGAGUGAAUGGAGUCAAUGUGAUGGAGG